AUGCCUGCAAGCCAACCAAGAAAAAAGGUCGCCAUUAUAGGGGCUGGGGCCGCUGGCAUGUCAUGCGCAGCAACAUUAGCUAAUCAUCCAGACAAAUUUGACGUGACGGUGAUCGACAUUGAUUCCCAUACCGGAGGCCAAGCAACCUCGAUCACUCUCGAUGAGUCCAAGUACGGUGCAAGCUGGCUCAAUGACGGUGUCCAGGGUGGAUCGGCCAUCUUUAGACACACGUUCCGCUUCUUUCGUCACUACGGCUACGAGCCUCAGCCGGUCAAACUUCAAGUGUCCUUUGGCAAAGGCCGUGAUAGUUUCUGGACCAAUGUGUUCCCUAGCCCUCUGGUGGACCGCCAUUCACGAGAAAUCAAAAAGUUGGGUCGUGUCUUGAAAUGCAUCAAAUAUAUGAUGCCCCUUCUCGGCAUUUUACCGGUCAAGGUUAUCUUGCGACUGUUCUGUUUUAGCAAAGACUUCAGCACUAAGAUGGUCUUGCCCCUCCUGGCCUUGUUUCUGGGAACAGGAAACCAAACGCCCAAUGUGUCCUGCGUCCUUCUAGAACGCCUCUUCGACGAUCCACAGAUGAAAUUGUGGGAGUAUGACCCGGACACGUUACUGCCAAACCUACCCACCAUGUUUACAUUCCCUCAACUGGGAAGCUUCUAUGAAGACUGGGCCGCAGACCUUGGUUCGAAGAACAUCGAUAUACGGUUAAAUACUUCUGUCAAAGUGCUCGAGCGAGGCAAGAAUGGCGUUGUUUUGCAGACCCAAAAGCAUAACAGCACCGAACCGAACACCGAGACUUUUGAUGAUCUCGUACUUUGCUGUCCCGCAGACGAAGCAAAGAAGCUCCUCGGAACACAUGCCACAUGGCGUGAGAAAUACGUCCUGGGAGGUGUCAAAUUCUUCAAUGACAUUACUAUUACACAUACCGACUCUGCUUAUUUCCAGAAAAUAUUUGAGGCUCAAUAUGAUUCCGAACUGUGUGCCCAACCCGCUACCAAAGAGCGAAAGGAACAAAUUGAAUUUGCCGAGCAGAAGCCCGUCUGUCAGAAAGACGGGUGGUUGGGGUACAGGCCGAUGUAUUACACCCAUUCAUUCGCCUCAGACCCGGACAAGAUCGAGAUGGGAUUCGACUGCACGAAUUAUCAGCAUCAAUUCCGCGAGAAACUUGGCGAGGGCCAGUCGGCUCUACCUCUCAAUGAGCAUGUCUUCCAAACCAUAUUCCUGAACGACCAACAGCAAGACCUUUGGACGUGGAAUGAUAUUGAUCAGUCUAAAAUCAUCGGAAGAAAAUGGUGGCAUCAGUUCGGCCACCGAUGGCAACACUAUCUACGUGUUGUACCUGGGAUGAUGUUCAUCAAUGGCCAUAAUAAGACAUUAUUUGCAGGAAGUUGGACUAUGGUGAACAUGCACGAGAUUGCCUGCAUUUCCGGCAUAGCAGCUGCGUAUCAAUUAGGGGCCCCAUACGAGCCAUUUGACGACUUUGCCGAAGACUUCUUUGCGAAAUAUUUGCUUGUUUGUCAUGGGACACGGUACCGGAGAAGAAAAGCGAAAGACACCUGA